GACUGGUUAGUGAAUGUAGAAGUAGCGAAUUGCGGUGUUUUGUGGACCUGUAAAACUCAUUUUUACAAGGUUUUCCCCAUUGUUAAGAUAUAAAAGUAAACGAUUUCCUUCGGGGACUGCUCAGUUUUCCUACGUCGGGUGGAAGGUGUGGAUUUUCGUAAAUAAUAAAUUAAUAAUGAAUACCUUAGUGUUCGUGAUCUCUGUGACAAUCCUCGGUAUUCACGGACAGGCCUCCAAUAUCAGUAUCGAACAAGUGGCAGGGCCUUAUGAUCUCGGUGAAGGGCCUCACUGGGACGAGGACAACAGUCUUCUGUAUUUCGUGGAUAUUCACGCCAAGAAGUUCUUCGCUUUCGAUCCUUCCACGAAGAAUGUCACUGAAACAUAUAUAAAGAAUGGACCAGUGGGAGUAGCUGUCCCCAUAGCCGAUCAGAAGAACACAUUCAUAGCUGGAGCUGGUAAAGACCUAGUGGAAGUCCAAUGGGACCCUUCGACGAGCAAUCCAGAUCCAGAAGUGAAGGUGUUGUCCACGGUGGACGCCGAUCGUGCCAAUAACAGAUUCAACGACGGCAAGGUCGAUCCAGCUGGACGCUUCUGGGCUGGAACCAUGUCCGAAAAGGAUGAUCAGGUCGCUGACAAUCAGGGGGCUCUUUACAGAUUUCAAGAGGAUGGAACACCCGUCAAAGUUCUCGAUGGCGUAACCAUCAGCAACGGUCUUUGCUGGAGCCACGAUAACGAGAUCUUCUAUUACAUCGAUUCACCGACCCACGAAGUUGUUGCGUAUAAUUACGACGUGGACUCUGGAGAUAUCUCGAAUAAGCGGGUGAUCUUCAAUUUCAAGGAGAAUGAUGUACCCGGUGUACCAGACGGCAUGACCAUUGAUAAGGAUGGACAUCUAUGGGUCGCUGUUUGGGACGGAGCAAGGAUCCUGGAGAUUGACCCGGAGACGCAGAAGCUGCUGAGGACGGUGACGAUGCCAGCGGCAAGAAUCACGAGUGCAGCGUUCGGUGGACCUGAAUACGACGUUCUGUACGUGACAUCAGCAAAGCACGGGCUCUCCACUGCUGAUCUGGAGAAACAGCCUGCAGCUGGAUAUGUCUUCGCAAUUCACGGUCUUGGGACAUCAGGUGUAAAGCCCCUCAAUGCUAAAAUGUAAAACUGGAGGAAGAAUAAAUGAUUUAUUGAGUGUGUUA